UGUGGAUAGCGUAUCGGUGCAGAUUUUCAUUGUAUUUUCAAAUAAUUCUCUUGGGAAAAGAUUAAAUUGUACUUAUAUAACGGGUUCUUUGUGUGUUAUAGCGUAUUGGUGUGUUAUUGUGUAAGAAUAACAGAUGUUUUGAUGCAAUGGCUAUGACUGCUGAAGAAGUUGCUCGCCGCUUUCCAAUUCACUGGUUGGUGUGGAAUAAUGAGCACGAGGAGUUGAGGAACUGUUUUGAAAAUAACAAGUAUACACCAGAGGAACUUGAGACUAAGGACACUAGAGGCCGCACCCCACUGCUGUUGGCCGUCACAUUAGGUCAUGUUGAAUCGGUGCGUGCUCUAAUAGAUGCUGGUGCAGAUGUUAACUGUGAAAAGGAUGGAUGGACUGCGGUACAAGAAGCCACAGCGACUGGCAACGUGGAGCUACUGUCGCUGGUGUUGUCGACGCGUGACUACCAGCGUCACGUGGUCCGCUCGGGCGGCAUCCCCGACCUGCUGAGGAGGCUCAGCCUCGCGCCGGACUUCUACGUCGAGAUGAAGUGGGAAUUCACCAGUUGGGUGCCGCUAGUAUCACGAAUGUGUCCGUUCGACACGUACAAGGUGUACAAGCGCGGGGGCAACGUCCGCGUGGACACCACACUCGUCGGCUUCGAGAACAAUCGCUGGCAGCGCGGCGACAGGACUUAUAUCUUUAGGGGACAAGGGCGGUCGGCCAGCCUGGUGGAGCUGGACCACGAGCUGGGCACCAUGUGGUGCGAGUACCUGGAGCCGGCGCCGGCCGCGGCCCGCGCGCCGCCCGCGCCGCCGCCGCACGUGCUGGACGCGCGCCUCGCGCAGCCGCUCGCCAUCAACUACCUCGACACCGACAAGAUAUGCUUCGAGAGAAACAAAAGCGGCAUCUGGGGCUGGCGCCAAGACAAGACAGAGAAUGUAAACGGCUACGAGUGCAAAGUCUUCGGGGCUAACAACGUGGAGCUGGUCUCCAUGACGCGCUCCGAACACCUGCCGCGCGGGGAGAGGAGGCCGGAACCCCGCGCACCUCUAGCAGGGCUGCUGGCCAUAGCUGACCGGGAUCACGAUGAUCCACCAACCACACCCACGGAAACACAAGAAGACUCACCUCGCAGCAGUAGAUCCAAAGAAUCCAAAGAAGAGUUAGAGUUAGAACCUGUAACGUGGGAGCAGUACUUCUCGGAGUCCCCACUGGAGCGCGACAUCGGCCGGCCCAAAGAGAUCGCCACCAAGGUGCAGAAGUUCAAGGCUACGCUGUGGCUCUGUGAGGACUACCCCCUAGAGCUACAAGAGCAGAUAAUGCCAAUCCUCGACCUGAUGGCCGCGAUAUCAUCACCACAUUUCGCCAAGCUGAAGGACUUCGUGCAAAUGCAACUGCCCGCCGGAUUCCCUGUCAAAAUUGAAAUCCCUCUCUUCCACGUGCUGAACGCGCGGAUAACGUUUGGCAACAUCUUCGCGACAGACACGCCCGUGCAGCACAUCGAGUGUAUACAGGAGGGAGACCGGCUCUCGUGUGUCGUCGACGAUGCUUGCUUCGCUAUCGGACGAGGGUAUCGCGCGGCCGGCGGCGCGGACGCUCGCGUGUGCGCCGACGACGAAGAAGGUCUGCUCCAGUACGCCAUCCAGCAGAGCCUCAUGGAAGCAGGCACUCACGAUGACCAGGUGGACGUGUGGGAGGCGCUGCGGGGCGCGCGGCCCAGCACGCCGCAGCCGCGCCGCGACCACGAGCCGCAGCUGCUGGCGCACGAGGAGCGCCAGCUGCAGAGAGCGAUAGAGGCGUCUCUCGCCGCGAUGUCGCUGCCGCCGCCGGAGCCCGAGGACCCCGAGACGGAGGCGGAGCGCGAGCUAGCAGAGGCGCUCGCCAUCAGCGCUCGCGAACAAGCUCGCAUCGAACAGCAGCUGGCUAGCGAGCAGAGGGCGCUCGACGAGGCGCUGCGGCUCUCGCUGCUGGAUAAGUGAUCUCAUCUGAAUCAGUAUAGUUUAAAGUGUCCACCAAAAGAAGACUACGCCUAUAUUGUAAUAAUAUAAAUUAGGACAUAAUUACAUUUUCCACUUUAGUGACCCUAUUAAAUAUUUAUUCUACGUUAUUAUAUUAUGUAAUAUUAUGUAGGUAGAUACAUGGUAUAAUAAAACAAGGUAUGCUCAAUCCUAUGAAAACCUGCCAUUGCUAGCUAUCUGAUGACGUAAUGAGUGAGUGUUACCAUUAAAUUGGCAUCUCCAACAUUCCAAGGAUAUAAAUUUUAGUAUUGAAAGUUAAGCGAAUUACUGAUUAACGUACUUAAUUACUAUCACAUGACACAUAUAUAAAAUUAAUUAAAACUGUAAGUAUUUUUUUUACUAAAAGUUCAAAGCCUUGCAAAGUAAAUUAAAAACGUUAGUCGUGACGUCAGCGCGACUAACCUUAAAAUGUUAGCUGUCAUUUUGAGCAUACGUUGUUCUAUUAUACCAUAGGUAGAUGUAUUAGAUAUAAUAAGUACGGAAAGACACAAAUAAAUAGUUCCAAUGACCAUAGAUAUGUGCAUAGAUAAACAAUCAUUUUGGGCACUAAGUCAAAGUGCCGGCCAGAAAAAGUGCCAGAAUUGAUAAUUUUUUUACUAAGCCUCGUAUUAGAUUCGGCACAUUUUUUUCUCUUGUUGGCCCUUCGAACUAACGUACCCAAAUUAGAUACGAAUGACAAGCUUUCUUUAGGAGUUUGUAAAAUGUUUUUGCGUGGCCCUUUUGCGAAGAAACGCCAUUGCGAAAUUUGAGGUUAGUUAAGAUUUUGUACCCUUAUUCGUCUCUUGUACAGUGCGCUGAAGAUAUGAAAAUUACAAUAUAAAAAACAAACAUUCCUACGUAAAUAAAAAGGCAUACAGGGUGCUAGUGACACCGUAACGAAAACUUUAGGCGAUAAUUCAAUUAUUUUCAGUUUGUUUAUACCAAGUGGAAUUUCCUGUCGGAAAAUUCAUUAGAAAUUGUGCUUUAAGCUGCAUAGAACCCAAAUUUAAAAUAAAAGUGACAAAUUAUUAAAAAUCAUCAAUGUACCAACAACAUUGCACGUACCUACGUACAUAGUCUAACGACUAUUCGCGUUGUUCGAUUUACAUCGCGGCGCAGCAAAAGCUCAAAAUCUUAAUUAAAUAUUUCCGACAAGAAAAUCACCAACCAUAAUUUUUAGUACAAUUAAAUAGAAGUUCUAUUUUUUUUUUCGUUAAGGUGUCACCAACACGCUGUAUAAUGGUGCCGACACUACCAGGUACAAAUUUAGUUUUAUUUUAGUAGAACAGUUCUAAAACUCUCUCUUUCUCUUUCGUGCACUUGUCGUAAGAGAAGGAGGACACGAUUUUUCAAAGUUCUCAAUUUAAAAUUGCAUUGUGGUAUAUUAGAAUCGGUAGCAUUGUCACACUAUGUGUAGCAUUAAUAAACUAAUCUCAGUUUUGAGACUGCCCUCAAGAUCAUGUCAAUGUGACAUUUCUUAUAUAAAAACAGGGCUUGAGCAUGGUCUUGAGGGCAGUCUCAGCUGAGAUUAGUUUUACCUUCCUAAGAUUUUCAAAACCAUCAGUUCAUGUCAAUCAGAAUAUUGUCUAUAGGUAAAGUCCAUCAGUGUAUGAGGGUACAAUGUAAUGGUAGUGAGAACUUUAUAGGAUGUAACUUAUUUGAAGACAUGUGCUGACUAGUCGAGAAAGCCCACUAGUUGGCAAAAAAGCGUACUAUAAACUGAAACGGUCUUUGCCUUGACAGUUCAAACUGAAUAUUGAGCCGAUUAGUCGGCUUUCUGGGACCGACUAGUCGGCUAGUCGGUGAAAUCGGUAGUCGGCACACGUCCGCUUAUUUGUUCAUAUUUACAACUUUAGUUUAAAAAUAGCAAAGAAAUGAAUCUUACUGUCCUUAUUAUAUUUAGACGCAAUUUGAUGCAAUUAGUAUUGAUACGAGCGAGAGUCUUAUUACAAAGUAAUAAAACUGUAUUUUAAUGAUAGGAAGGAAUUGAAUGCUGGCCAGUUUUCAAUAGAUUAGAUAUAUUUUAUAACGCUGCAAGGUGAAAUUAUAAAAUGCUAUAUUAUACUCGUAUACUUCUCAUCAAAAAUAACACACUUCCGAAAUGUUUGUUCAUCAAAAUACAACCAAUACUGUUCUUUAUUUUAACAAACGUAACAUCUUAAUUUGAUGGAAUGAACUUAUAGUACCUACAUAAUUUAAUAUAUAUGUAUUUACAAAACGGUUCCAACGUUUUUAGACAAAAUCCUUAGCGAUUGUGAAUCUGUUUCUUUACAGUAUGUCAGUACAGUCAUGAGCAAUAUCAUGUACACACUUUAUUCAAAUUCAAAUUCAAAAAUAUUUUUAUUCAGUUGGUAACAUAGUUACACUUUGAAUCGUCAAUUUUUACAUAACGAACGUCUCAUCCGCCUAAAACUACUGCAGCUUCUCACAACCUGUAUACUCUGUAUAGCCGGGGGAAAAGAAGCUGCAAGAAAAACCUCGGCACAGGGCCCUAGACGUUCUUUAAAAAAAUAAAAAUAAACAUAAAAUAUUGGUAUACAAAUGAGUAAUUUAGCUGCCUAAUAUCAGUUCUGAGACAGUUAAUCCCAUGCAUUCAUAUCUUCUAAAUAAAUAAUCACUAACUUUAUAAUAACCUUUUUUGUAAAGUUUUUGUUUAACUACUGUCUUAAAACAGUUGAAAGACAAAUUCUGAAUGUCAAUGAAUUUAGAACCCUGUCACACUAUUAUAUUUGACAUUUAAUAAGACUUACGGUUUAAUUUGUCAAAAAAGUUAAUGUGACAUGGUUGCAAAGUGUAUACUUAGUGUGUUUAGUGUGUGUUGUAGUGUAUACAUUAACUUUUUAAUGUGUAUACACAUAUUAGUACUCGUGACCGCACAUUACACUUACAGAUUAUAGAAACAAGGGAGAUAUGCCCUCAGCACAUAAAUUAUACGAGUCCGCAUGUCGCAUGUUAAUUCACGUCGGCGUGUGAAGCGGCCGGACCAACUCAUUUCUGUCUGGACCGCUAUAUCGAUUUACCCACCGUUCAUUGCGUAGUAACACAAGUGCUAGUUGUAAUCGCGCGAUACCAAAGAAGCAAUGAAUGACGUGGAAAGUUUUAUAAUACGAUCGUUGUCCCAGUUGAACAUUUCGAUUUGUGCAUAUUUCGGUGUAAUAAUUAAUCUUGUGAUAUAAUCAAGCCUGUAGCUUUAUAAAAUAGAUCUAUCUUGGCCCUGUAUAGUAUUAUUUGUGUUGUAUUGUACGUAACACAACUGAUUUAAUCGUUUUAAAGGACUACACUCAAAAAACCCAAAAAUGAUAAUCGAUCAACCUGAAAGUAGUUGUAAUAAUAAAUACACACAUAAACAGCCUAUACAGAGUGUUAGUGACAUCGUAACGAAUACUGAGGAUGAUUCAGACCAAGAUUUGGAGUUGAUAUCAAGUGGAAUUUUCCAUCGCAAAAGUAUGACGACGGAAAAUUCCAUUUGAUAUCAACUUCGAAUCAUGGUCUGAAUCACCCCCCUCAGUAAAUUCAAAUUCAUAAAUCUCUUUAUUCAGUAGGUAAUAUAGUUACACUUUGAAUCGUUAAUUUUUACAUAACGAACAUCUCAUCCGCCUAAAACUACUGCAGCUUCUCACAACCAGUAUAGCCGGGGAAUAGAAGCUGCAAGAAAAACCUCGGCACAGGGCCCUAGAUGUUCUUUAAAAAAAAGUAUUCAUUAUUAUUGGUUUUUUUAUCGUUGCGAUGUCAUUAACGCCCUGUAUGCUUCCCACUGCUGGGCACAGGCCUCCCCUCAAUCAACCGGAGGGGGUAUGGAGCAUACUCCACCACGCUGCUUCACUGCGGGUUGGUGGAGGUGUUUUUACGGUUAAUAGCCGGGACCAACGGCUUAACGUGCCCUCCUAAGCACGGAAUCAUACUUUCAACGAUUUAAUAAAUCAUAACUAAUCGAUUGGCAUAGGUGGCGUCGUGAUCGGCGAUUUUGGGUUUUUCGUCCACACAUUUUGAGCAUUGUCCUUUUAUGUUAAUUAUAGUGUAAAAAUAUCUAUCAUAACUACUUUGCUCACUCAGUGCAAUAAGUAAUUUGUAGGCAUGUAUGCAGUUUCGUAUUUUUAUUCCUGUAAUUAGUGUUGCCCGAUAAUCGACCGUAUAUCAAUUAAUAAUCGAUUAUUUUGUAAGCCUCUAAAUACCCUAAAUAUCGAUAUGCCUAUCGAUACUAUCGAUAUUGAAAAUUCUACAAUUAUAUCGAUACCGUUCAUUAUAAAAUAAUUGCAAUACUAUAUUAUAUUGCAAUAUUGAUUAUAUGGAUAAUGUUAAUCGAUAAUAUAGUCGUUUAUAUUGAUCGAUUAUAAUCGAUAUAAUUGUAGAAUUCCCAAUAUCGAUAGUAUCGAAAGGCAUAUCGAUAUUUAGAUUAUUUAGGGGUAAAUAAUCGAUUAAUUGACAAUCGAUAAUUAGGCAACACUACCUGUAAUAUUAGGUGCAUGGAGAUUGCGUUAUGUAUGUGAUUUAUUAUCCUUUUAAGGUCUGUAUUAUUUGACUAGACUGUAUUGGGCUGGAUUUCCCUUCGCGGUUUGGAAGAUCAGACAGGCAGUUGCUUCUGGAAAAAUCAUCAUAGUUUACCUAACCAUAAGCGGAUCCCGUGAGAAACGGUAUAAAGUUAGGGAGAUAAUGGUGCUAAUUCCUGUAAAUACCAUCUAAUUUUAUUUUAAGUUAUAUCUGUCAUUUUCUUAUCCGCCGAAAAGGAAAGGGACGGGUAAUCGAUAAGCAUAAAAUUUAUGGAACACACGUCAAUUUUAAGCACAAAUCUAAACCAACCGUCUAAAAAUUUUACAUCAGUCAAUAACCCGACACAUUCAUUUACUCAUUCUUCCUAAAAUUAAGAGCUGUGAAUCAUCCGUCCCUUUCCUUUUCGACGGAUAUGAAAAUGACGGAUAUAACUUAAAAUAAAAUUAGGCGGUGUCUCCAGGAAUCGGGGCCAAUGUUUAUAGACAUUCUUUUUCGUAAUGUGAUUGACUUAAGUAGUAUGAGUAUUUGUUUUAAUAAUAUCUGGAUAUUACCAGUCCAUGUCCUCCUGCGGCCCGGAUUUGUGGACACAAUAGUUAAACAAAUUGGAUUCUAAAAGGACUUUGGACCUUAACCACUUUACAAAUAAAAAAAAUAAUAAUCCAGGGAUGAACGUGGGUUUAAGUAUUUGGCAGCCAAGCAAAAUUUUAUGCAAUUUUAUCAUACAAUUCGACUGAACUUUGUUUGGCUGUCAAAUAUUUAAACCCACGUUCAUCCCUGGUUUAUUUUUUAUUUAUACAUUGUUUUAAGUUUACGCGGUUAUUAACAUAAUUAAAGCAUAUAAUGGCCCCGAUUCCUGCAGACACCGCCUAAUUUUAUUUUAAGUUAUAUCCGUCAUUUUCAUAUCCGUCGAAAAGGAAAGGGACGGAUGAUUCACAGCUCUUAAUUUUAGGAAGAAUGAGUAAAUGAAUGAAUAACCCGGGCGAAUCAAAAGGUACCUCGCUGGUAUGCAAUCCGUUUGACGUGCUGUCUACUUAACUGUGACGGGUUAUUGACAGAUGUAAAAUUUCUAGACGGUUGGUUUAGAUUUGUGCUUAAAAUUGACGUGUGUUCCAUUUAUUUUAUGCUUGUCGAUUACCCGUCCCUUUCCUUUUCGGCGGAUAAGAAAAUGACAGAUAUAACUUAAAAUAAAAUUAGAUGGUAUUUACAGGAAUUAGCACCAAUAACGGGUUCUUACCGCGUUUAAAUGGGGAUAUGAGUCAUCCCGUGAUCAUGGCACUUGCAACAGUGUCGAAAUAUCGGGAGUCUCGUAUCUCCAUUCAAACGCGGUAAGAACCCGUUAUUAUGUGCUUUAAUUAUUUUUUAUUUGUAAGGUGGUGUGACUUUAAUAUAUUAGUCGUACUUCUCUUUUACUCUUGAGUUCCAUAAUGCUAUGUCGCUUCGAGUGGAAGCGAGAUAGCAUUAUGUUUCUUAAGUUCUCUGUCUACAUUUUGGCAUGGAGAUUAUUAAAACAAAACACUCAUAUUAUUUAUACACAAUAUUCCUUCCUCUGAUUAUUAAAAUAUAUCUCCUUUCGGAUUGUGAUUAUUUUAUUAUAAUAUUAAUAAUCUAUAACUUUAUCGACUUGCAUAUAUCCGACAUUGUGUGUAAAGAUCUCUUUCAUACCAAAAUAAAAUUUUAAGUAUUUAUUUUAAAAAUCGUACCUAUUUUUUUAUCAGCUGAUAUGCAAAAUUGUGGAAGUUGUUUUAAAUCACAAUAAGUCUUACCAUACGAUACGUGUAUUAUGGGUCAUUUCAGUGUGGUUUUAAAAAUACCUAUCAUAUAAAGUGGGUGGACCGCUGGUAGUCGCAAUUGAUGGCGCGAUGGUUAAGGCUGCACGCACACAUUUCUCCUCCCGCUGGGUGGCUCUAAUUAGUGAUUUAUGAGUCAUUUUCUCUUUAUAAAUAAAUAUUUGUCUACUAACACUGGGAUUAAGCACUAUGUUAAGCCGUUGGUCCCAGUUACUACUUACUGAUGUAAGUACGUAGUCGUUACAUGAGCCAUAUCCUUUGGCGGCUCAAUAGUAACCCUGACACCAGGGUUGAUGAGGUUGGUAAUCCACCUCACAACCCACACGAUAGAAGAAGAUGAAGUACUUAUGUUACUUACAUCUAAGGACAAUAGUCUGAAAAUAAAGAUAUUUGAAUUUGACUGCGUUAGUGUUUCUAAAACCACACUGAGACAAUGAGAGUAAAACUAGAAGCUCAAAUGUAGGUGGCAGCACUGUUGAGUGUUCCUAAACUAUGACAGUUCUCCACAGUGUCCAUCUAAAAUUCGUGAUAAAUUACUAUAAAAUGUGGAGCAACGUUCGUAAUGGAAUUUGUUUAUUAAAAAAAAAAUCAUCUCGAGCUCCUCCGUGCUUCGGAAGGCACGUUAAGCCGUUGGCCCCGGCUGCAUUAGCAGUCGUUAAUAACCAUCAAUCCGCACUGGGCCCGCGUGAUGGUUUAAGGCCCGAUCUCCCUAUCCAUCCAUAGGGAAGGCCCGUGCACCAGCAGUGGGGACGUUAAUGGGCUGGUGAUGAUGUGGAGCAACGUGGAUGUGUAUCCCGUCUGAAAGACGAGAUACGAAAAAGAAAAGCCAUCAGUUAGAAAAAGGCAGUUUUGAUUGAAAAUAAGUUUUCUUUUUUCCAAUCUUUAGGGAAUAAAAUAUAACACUAUGAUUUGCAGUUAAAUGCGUAAAGGGUUAUACUAAUUAAAACACAUGAUAACGGGUUCUUACCGCAUUUAGAGCAGGGAUAUGAGACUCCCGAUAUUUCGACACUGUUGCAAGUGCCAUGAUCACGGGAUGACUGAUGAGAACCCGUUAUAAUGUGUUUUAAUUAUGAUAAUAACCGCGUAAACUUAAAACAAGGGUUUUACUGUAAAAAUGUAAGCGAAACAAUAUGUUUGUUUACUCAAACAGUAUGGGGAACUGUCAAAAUUAAAGAACACUCAACAGUAGCGACACCUGAUGGGAGGAAAAGACAGUUUUUAACCUAACUUGUGCUGUGUUUUGAUUGCAAAUAGUCGUUCCAUUAAUACAGCGCGUAAGUUGUACGUUAGGCGCUAUCCUCUUCUGUGAUUUCUACUAUAAAACAAAGUUUACAACAAGGAGAUACUUGUUUGUGAUUGGUUACAAACUACUUACAAUCAGCCAAUCAGAUACGCGUAUUUCACUAUAAAUUAAUGUUAUAACCGUGCUGAUUCCAACAGGUACCUAAUUUUAUUUUAAGUUAUACCUGUCAUUUUAACCGCCGAAAUGGAAGAGACUUGUGACAGGUAAAAAAAAAUAUGGAACACACGUCGAUUUUACCUUUCUAAAGUUUAACGUCAACAUAUAACCCGACACGAUUAAGUUGACAGCACACGCGAAGCGGUUUUCAUAUUUCAUUUACUCAUUUUAAAAUAAUUUAGUUGUCAAUCAUCCGAAUCUUUCCCAUUCAGCGGACAAGAAAAGGACAAGUAUAACUUAAAAUAAAAUUAAAAGCUGUACGCUGGUAUCAGCACUAUACUAUUCCUAAUUACGGUGUAAACUUGUAAAUUGCUUGGGUAUUUUGUACCUACACACACACACACACGCUUGUGAAGCCGUUUUUAUGUGACUUAUUGUAUUGGUUUGUCUGAAGUAGCAUUAACUACUUCGCCGGAAUGUGAUCCCUAAUCCAAGGACUGCAUAUCGGUAUCAAAUAUCUACAUGGUACUAAUCAAAAUACGAGUACAUUAAUUAUAUACCACUUCAGUACAAAUAUUGUUUUAAGUUUACGCGGUUAUUAUCAUAAUUAAAGCACAUAAUAACGGGUUCUUACCGCGUUUAAAUGGGGAUAUGAGACUCCCGAUAACCCGGUAACGACCCGAGCGAACGCGAACGCGCGUGAACGCGGUAAGAACCCGUUAUUAUGUGCUUUAAUUAGUACAAAUAUUGUUUAAUAUCUGUACUAAAAUUGUAUGUUACCCGAAAAGUUAUGACGUCAUACAGAAGAAAUAUGUACUUGUAUCCAUACCGGUAUACAGUCUGGUGCAGCCACAAGAAAGUGGUUAGAAACGCCACAACAAAGAAAUUCAUAUCAAAAAGCAAUAUUGCUAUUUGACACUUUUUAACAAUGCUUACUUAGUUUAAAUAUGACUUUUUAACCCCCCUGAAGACAACUAGUCUUACUUUUUGUGCGUUCUAGUUGAGCGAAUGAAUUUGCGUGCGAUUUGAUUUUAGACAAACAGCGCCCUCUAUUGGCCGUCACGAAAACUGUUUAUGAUUACACCUUCGCUAGAUGGCGCUAGUAGUAACUAUUCAGAAAGAACUUGUGCAAAUAUUCGUUGCACAUUUUGUCUUAUUUUUUUAUCUUAAGGCAUAGACCUCGUAUAGCAAAUAGACAAUCAAUCUCUGUAAAAAAAUGUCCGCGGCGCAUCUUGUCACAAAUUACGGCGUUUAACGAAACUACAACCGAUAUUGCACUUUAUUUGAACAGCCAUGACUACUUAAUUUGAGGGAACGGACUUAUACUAUGUUCGUACAUACAUACAUACAUAAACUCACGCCCGUAAUCCGUAAUGGGGUGGGCAGAGCCACAAGUAAUCAAAGACAACUUGCAGCCACUGUUGAUACGAUGUCGGAAGCUGGAUAUGAUGAACCUUAUGGUGAUAAGGGAUCAGCCUAUCGCCCAUAACAUUAAUCCAUCAUGUUAGAGGACACAAUCCCUCUGUCGGUUUUUACGACAUGCCCGGGAAGAAAAGCAGCUGAACGUUUUCUAUGUUUUUUAUUUGCUCCCAGAACAGCAUAGAAGCACUAUGUUCGUAACUUCAUGUAUACGUAUUUACAACACUGUUCGGAUUCUUUUUUAGAAAAUCUCCUUAGCGAAUGUGACUCUAUUUGUAUAUACAUCCGUCAGUGUCUAAAUGUGAUACAAUCUAGAGAUUUAUUUUUAGUAAUAAAUAGAUUAAAGUUCAAAAUACCCAAGUACUAUUUCUAAAGGUUAUUGUAUUAAGUAAUUAUAGCUGUACAAAGUUAUUGAAGUAUGUCUCCGAUCCCAAGUGUACAACCCUUGAAUUGUCUAUAACAAUUAUAAUGGAAUAUAUUUCUGUAUAUUGAUUUUUAAAAA